AGCAAGAAAGAUCUUCAAGCAGCUAUGGCGGAGUUUGCAAGUUUAGCCAUCGAUGGCGCAGAAAAGUUGUGGAAUCCAAUAAGCAGUGCUUAUGAUUACUUCAAACACUACCAGAAGAACGUCGACGCCCUCGUCGAAAAAGCCGGGAGGCUCAAAGUUCGAAGAGAUGAUGUUGAAGCAAUCGUCCGAGCAGCGGAAUCCCGGGACGAAGAAAUCAGAAAAGAAGUCCGAGAAUGGCAAGAAAGAGCGGACAAAUUGUUGAAAGAGCACGAAGCAUUGAAAGAUCGGAGCGAAAAAAACAAGAGGUGCUCAGGUAGUGGGUGUCUUCCCGAUUGUCGCUGGCGCUGGAGACUAAGCAAAGAAGCAGUGGACAUGGCUUCCGUUGUCGACGAUAUCCUUAAAGAGCAAAGGUUCGACAACGUCGCUCUUCCUCGCGCUGAGCGACCGCCGGAGUUCAGGCGAACAGAGUCGAUGCGGAAGUUUAUGUUGUUUUCGUCGACGGAGAAAGCUAUGGAUGAGGUCAUGGAAGCGUUGAGGAGUGGCGGCACCAGAGUCAUCGGAGUACAUGGAAUGGGUGGCGUGGGGAAGACAUCGAUGGUAAAACAAGUAGCCACAAAAGCCAUAUCCGAGAGGUUGUUCAGCAUCGUGGUCAUGGCAACUGUAUCACAAAAUCCGGAUCGGAGAACAAUUCGAAACAAAAUUGCGGACGAGCUUGGCCUAGAAUCCUUGGGAGCAUGUAGUGACGAAGCUGCAUCAACUAAGAUAAGGAACAGAAUAUUGCGAGAGAAGAAGGUCCUCAUUAUUUUGGAUGAUCUAUGGACAAAGCUGGACUUAGACAGCGUCGGAAUUCCUUACGGUAGUGAGCUAGAGGAUUGCAAGUCAAGAAUUAUAAUCACCACAAGACUGCAACAGGUUUGCACUCUAAUGGAGAGCAUAAGGAUUCAACUCCAGCAUUUGUCUGAACCAGAUUCGUGGGAGUUCUUUAAGAGGACGGCAGGUACGAAUUUCGAAGCACGGAAAUUCGAGGAGAUUGGUAAGUUGGUUGCUAAAGAAUGCGGGGGGCUUCCUAUAGCACUCAUAGCAGUCGCAAAGGCGCUUGCAGACAAGGACAUCGAAGAGUGGAAGACGGCGGCUCGACUACUUCAAAGAUCUAUGCCUUUUAACCAAGAUGAAGACGAAGCCACGGUCAAGUGUAUAAAGUUAAGCUAUGAUUUCUUGAAGGGAAAGGAAAAGGCUUGUUUCUUGAUUUGCUGUCUUUUCCCGGAAGAUCAUAAUGUUGGCAUGGAAGAGCUGGCAAGGUUUGGCAUUGGACUCGACCUGUUUAAAGAAGCCGACACAAUAGAAGAAGCAAGAAAAGAAGCUGAUUUGAUUACCAAAAAGCUAAUAGGUUCAGGAUUGUUAUUGGAUGGUGAUAAGAAGGAGCAAGUGAAAAUGCAUGAUGUUGUCCGUGAUGUGGCCAUACGGAUAAAAAGCGCUGAUCGUGAUGGUGGAGAGGAGCCGUUUUUCUUGGUACAUACUGGUCGGAUGCAAAAGGAAUGGCCUACAAGGCGAACUUACAAACGAUACGGUGCAAUCUCUCUGAUGUGCAGCGAGAUCAACAGACUUCCUGAUGUCCUAGAUUGCACAAAACUACAAACCUUGAUGUUGCAGGAGAACAGCUCUCUAAAAGAGAUCCCAAGCACAUUCUUCAAAUGGAUGAACGAUCUCUUGAUAUUGAAUCUAAAUGGAAUUCAAGCUUCCUCACUUCCUUCAUCAAUCGAGUCGCUAAAGAACCUGCGGACCCUGCAUCUAGAUCGUUGCAAAUUUAACGACAUUGCUAUACUUGGAGUGUUGGAGACACUUGAGAUACUUAGUCUCCGUGAAUCUUUAAUCGAAGCAUUGCCAGAAGAUAUGGGGAAGUUGAGAAAUCUAAGGUUGUUGGAUCUUACUUUGUGUUUCAACAUCCAGAAGAUCCCUUCUAAAUUAAUUUCAAGUCUGUAUUCUUUGGAGGAGUUGUACUUAAAAGGAAGCUUUUGGAGAUGGGAGGACGCAAUGCAACCAGGCACCGCUACUACGCAUCAAGGAAGGAAUGUGUUUUUCGAUGAGCUGGUAAAUCUACGCCGCUUAAGAAUCUUGAAGGUCGAUAUGGAAAAUGAGAAGUGCUUGCCCAGGAACAUAGAAACUGUUCCAAAUUGGGAGAAAUUUGACAUAUGCAUAUGCAGAGAACAAUUUACCCGGAUGAUGAAUGUCAACUUGUCAAAAAAGGCGAGUCAUGUAUAUUCAACAAACUUGCUCGUUGAUAUCCAGAUGAAGAAGUUGCCAAAUUGGUUCAUCGAGGUGGUAGCGAAGAAAGCAGAGAAGUUAAUCUAUUCAGAUUGCGAGGAUUUGAACAUGUUGGAAGAGUACAAACACGGGCAGUUCUCCGGUUUGGAGUCUCUUGUUGUUGAGCAGUGCCAAGAGGUAUGCAACCUUAUGUGUGUAACGAAUAACGGUAGUCCGGGUGAUUCUGCACCUGUGUUUGAGAGUUUGCAGGAGUUGCGAAUCUUCCACAUGGAUUUUUUGGAGAAGAUAUGUGUCGGCGAGCUACCAACAGGUUCUUUUGAGAGGCUAAAAUACUUGGAGGUUCAACAAUGUAAUGGUUUGAUCAAUUCGCUUUUACCUCCGAACUUGAUAACGAGGCUAGGCAAUCUAGAGAAACUUAUUCUGAAUGUCAACUCUGUGGAAGAGGUGUUUGGAUUUGAAGGACUGGAACAAGGACAAGGGUAUUUGGGAAGAUUACAAGAGAUCAGAUUGGAGAACUUGUAUGAACUAGCAAACGUAUAUAGAGGCCCGGAGCGCUUUGCUGAUUUCAGAAAUCUUAAGUUUCUGAUGGUGAUCCGAUGCAAGAAGCUAAGGAAUCUCUUUUCGGUGUCCAUCCCCGGCAGUCUUGUGCAACUGGAAGAUCUCUGGGUAGAGGAAUGUGACCUAAUGGAGGAAGUCAUUCGAAGCGAACUCGAAAUCACUUUGGAGGUAGUAAUACCGCGAUUGAAGACAUUGUUUCUUAAAAAUCUGCCUAUGCUUAGCAGUUUCUACACUGGAAAUGCCUCAUUGAAGUGCCCUUCCUUGGAGCAUCUAUGUGUUCAGGAAUGCCAAAAUUUCAGAACUCUCGCUUCCGACUUCCACAGCUUAAAUCAUGUCCAUGAAAAUGAUGAACACCACAUGAAGCUCCUAAAGAAAAGACUGGUGGGAGAACGAGAAUAUUAGCUUGAGAGGAUGCACGCAUGCAUGCCAUUUUUAUACUGAUUUCAAGUGCAGGAGGUUCUUUGGUUUGGCCAUAAGGUGAUAUGCAAAUUUUUCAGAACCAUGUGUUGUUCUUUCUUUCUUUUCUUUUUUCUUUUAGCUAAAUGAUCGUCUAGAAAGAAAGCGACUCGUAUUAGCAUAUUCUCUGAUUAAUAGUGUUUCUAGGACGCUAAUAAAUAUGUGCAUAGAAAGUCUUAUUAUUAUGCUCACCCCUUAUCAAGGAGCAAGUCAUCCCGACCCCAUCAAAUGUACCAACAGAAAGGAGACGUGGAUUAUUAUCCUAUGUACUGGAACCUUUGACCAACAAAUCCACCAAAGUAAUUUCUUACUGCUAUACAAUAUUAUCUUAUCAA